CUCAAGAAUGUAACAAUUUUUAGGCGAUAUAUCAUCCGGUAAUCGAGACGUGAUAUUGAUAUGCACUCUACGCAGGUGUCUGGUAUUGGCAAAAUAGUCUGGCAACUCUGAACAGAACACAAAGUCAAAUGUUGCAAAUUCAUAGCAAAGGAACAAAGUUGGGUGAUUCUAGGACUAUUUAACAAGGAACUAUUACUUUUUUAAAGUUCAUACAUACGGUUUGACUGCGCGCAGCUGCAGUACCCUACGUUGGCAGUGAAAUUUAGAAAAUAAAUGGAUCCUAACCAAGCAAAACAAAAAACCUUAGCGGAUACUUCUGCCAGUGAUGAAGAACGAUUCGAGGAUGCAUCAUGCAAGGAGUUCAAUGAAAAAGCAGUAGACGAAGUCAUCCAACAAGUCACAGGGAUAGGGGUUGGCGUUUCUCCUAAAACCAACACUUCAUCUUCCUCGGAACAAACGGAGAAGUUUGUCGACUGUCGAAGUGAUACCGGAAGUGACGAAGAAACGUCAGGCAAAGACAAAGAAUCGGAGACUGUUCCACAGAGUGAUGAUUUCGUUGAUGACGAGUCACAGCGAGACUGGGAAAAGGGCCUCACCAAAGAGGAAAAGUUAUCCAACAAAGCAAAAGCAGAUGAGCUGAAGGUACAGGGAAAUGAACUGUUCAAACAAGGUGAUUUUGAGAAAUCCGCCAACGUGUAUACCGAGGCACUUCGAAUCUGUCCGGUGGAAUACUCAGCGGAACGUUCGAUCCUCUAUGCAAACCGAGCGGCAGCUAAGACUAAGCUUAACUUUAAACCAUCCGCUAUAGAUGACUGCACCAAAGCGAUAGAGCACAAUCCAAAGUACCUGAAGGCACUACUGAGUGUUAUUGAAUCCACUUCCAGACGGGCCACCCUGUACGAGGAGGCGGACAAGCUAGAUGAGAGUCUGGAGGAUUACAAAAAAAUAUUGGAGUUAGACCCAGCAAACGUGGAAGCUAAGGCGGCCCAGCUAAGGUUACCACCGAAAAUCCAGGAACGCAAUGAGCGCCUCAAAGAGGAAAUGAUGGGCAAACUGAAAGACUUAGGCAAUAUGAUACUUCGACCCUUUGGAUUAUCGACUCAGAACUUUGAGAUGAAACAAGACCCGUCGUCCGGAUCGUACUCGAUCAAUUUCAAAAGCGGUAAAUAGUUGUUUUAGUUACUUGAAUUUGACCGGUGCGGUGUGACUGUGAUCAGUGUGUGUGUGUGAGAGUAAAAAAAAAAAAAAAUUUUCUAGGCGUUACCGUUAAAUUUCAAAUCGAUAAUAAAAUAUACUAGUUUUACGAGUAA